AAUUCGCGCUUGAGGGGCCGACAAAGGGGUGUAAUGAGUCGGCCUCCAACCCCUAGGUCGCCCGGAGACCCCUUCCUCUCCCCAGCCGAGGAAAUUCUUUUCUUCCUUCUCUCAUCCCGAGGGUCAGCUCUACUUUCUUUAGCUGUUUGCGGGAAAUCGAUCUCUGCCUCCUCGACAUUCAUAUACUUCGCCUAUCUCCCCAGCACUUCGUCGAACGUUCUACCGGGGCGCUUUGCCAGAGAAUUCCUGCACAAGCCCGGUCGCAACCCUCGUGUCAAACCUCCUGCCUUUAUCUCCUCCGAUGCCCUGGGCACUUCGACGCAUGCUCGCAUGCCGCCACGUAGGGAACCCGAUCAUCAGGCUCCUACUCAGGCUAUGGUAGUCGCUCAGUUUCGCGAUUAUCACGCCGAAAAGUUCUCAGGGCAGGGAGACCCCCGCAUCGUUGAUGAAUGGAUUCAGGGGUUGGAAUUUAUCUUUGAGGUUAUGGAAUGCCCCGAUAGAUAUCGCGUAGUUUGCGCUCAGCUUCAGCUCACUGGUGAUGCAAGGCUCUGGUGGAAUGCCUACUGGAGCAUGCGUCCCGGUGAAAAGGCGGGUUGUACAUGGGACAUGUUUAAGGAGUUAGUCCGUGACAAGUACUACCCUUCCUACUAUCGGGCAGAGAUGGAGCGCAAGUUUUUAGCGCUUCAGCAAGGCACUCGUACUGUUGAUGAGUACGAGCGAGAGUUCACUAGACUUGCAGGUUUCGCACCGGAUCUUGUUCGCACGGAGGCUCAGAGAGCGCAGAGGUUCAUUGACGGACUUUACCCAGCAGUCCGUCACAACAUCGUGGGACACGGGACUCAGACCUACGCUCGUGCCGUUACUAUCGCUCAGGAGGUGGACGCUAGCAUCAGGAGGGAGGCAGUUCGUGAUCGUGCCCAGCCAUCCGCCCCAGUUCCACCAUUUGUAGCUCCACCAUCUCUACCAGCCCCUCAGCCAGCAAAGGAGAAGAAGAGGAAGGGGAAGGGUGCACCGACUGACCGGAGGACCCGACAGAGACAGCAGCCGAUUCCGCCUUGCCCGACUUGUGGUCGACUUCACAGAAGAGAGUGUCGU